CUACAGCUUACGAUCUCCACGCUCAUCAUUAAACACACAUCCUUUUCACAUAGAGCACCCGGAUCAAUAACAAUGUCCCUCUCAUCAUGCAACCUCCUCCACAAUCCCUCCUUCGAGACGGGCAGUCUCUCCCCAUGGUUUACGACCGUUCCCAACGUGAACAUCGCCACAGUCACCAAUGCGACCACUGCCUACGAAGGCAACUACUAUCUUGACCUCAAAACCGACGUCGGCAACCGCGGCCACUCGAUCGCGCAGCCCAUCACUGAACUGAAACGCGGCGCCGUCUACGAAUUCACCGCACACGUCAAGAUCCCGGGCUCCUCGGGUGUCGAGUACUGCUUCGUCGACGCCUACAUCGGCAAGAACGCGACGACGGGGCUGAUCGUCUCCGAGCUGUUGAUGCCGACGGACGAGUGGGCGACGGUCAGCGGGCAGUAUAAGCGGACCAAGCGUCGGGCGGAAGAUGUGUUGACUAUCAGUGGGGCGUGUACGUCACCGGGCAGCUCGUAUACUUGGAAUGUCUAUCUCGAUGAAGUGAUUCUGAAGGAGAAGGGGUGUGUGGAAGAGUAGCCGGUGGGUAGGUUGGUUGCCGAUGGGCUCGCGGUAUGAACUAGGGAGCUGGUCGUGCUUACCGAGGGAUUGCGUUGGGGACAUUGUAUAGACCGCUUGCGGGGUCUGGCAAGUCUUUAUGAGGUCAGGUUGGGAGUGUCUCUACUUCCUUCAGUACUUGAGAGGAUGAUGAUGAUAAUGAUGAUGAUUAUGAGGAUGGGUUGAGUCGAAAUAAUGUACGUUCGGUCGGGUUCGCCAUAGAUUCAGUCUAUGGACCAUAGGCAAGCGGCAUCGUAUUUCCACCCGUAUACUGCGG